GAGCAUUACGAUUCUUACGAGCAGGACUUCAUUGUAAGAGAAAAAGUGGACGGCAGUGAAGUCGUUGCAUUUCGCGACGGUCUUACAAAAACGCAAAGUGGUGGUCUCCGUAUACGACAAUUAAAGAACGGCACUCCAGCUUAUGUUUAG